ACUUUUGCCGCCAUGAUUUCGGAACGUCUUGCUGAAGGCAACGACAAAGAGGAAGCCCCUUCAGCUAUGUCCAGAUGUGAGGACACAGAUAUUUGCCUCGGCUCAACUUCGACUAAAGCCGAGAGCAGCGAAGCUAACUCACCUGAUUUUGGAGGCGAUUUGAAUUGCAUGAGCAGCCCUUCAGAGACAUCUGCUUGGCGUCGCGUAAUGCGACCACUUGCAAACUGUAUUGCCUGUGGCGACUUUGAAUCCGAAAUGUCCAAGCUCAAGCUUCAAAGGAUAUCUGCCGCUACACGCUUAGAUGAGUGCAUCAGGAAGCUCCAAGAGCAAGAUUUGAAUGUAGAGCUUCUGGAAAAGAAGCUGGAGAAGGCUGUUUGUGACUUGAACUCUCGAAGCGCUGAGCUCGAAGCCGAGAAAAGGAGGACGUCUAGCCUGUCAGCUUUGCUUCUGAACGAUUCGGUGAAGGAGCAGAAACUUCAGGAAGAGGCCAAGGGGUCUGAGGAGCGCGUGGUCAAGGCUGAGGCAGAAAUCCAGCGCCUCAGUGCCUUGUUGGAGAAGGAAAGCUUGGAAAAAGAGCAUGUGAUACAAACCCUGAAGACAAAAGAGACUGAAGCCGCUAAAGCCACGCAACGCUUGUCAGACAAGCUGGAGGUGUGCAAAGAGCAAGUGACAAAGAGCGCAGCUGAGCUCAAGUUCCAAGUAAGCUUGCUAGAGGAGAAGAGGUACGAAAACCACGAAUUAGCCCAAAAGGUCGCAAGAAAGUUUAUGGAGGCAGAAGACCUUCGAGGCACUUUAGUGGCUUGCCAAGACCGAUGUGGAGAGCUGCAGAGUGCUCUUCAGACAAGGGGCCUCGAGAAGGAGCACUUGAGGACAGAUCUUCAUCUGAAAGAGCAGGAGCUUAAACAUACACAAGAUGAGCUUCAGGCCAUCACAGAAAAAUUGCACAAAUCAAGCACAAGGCUAGAUCAGUGUGAAGCAGAGCUGCUGUCCCUAUCAUCCGGGCUUAAGAUGGCCACCAGUGAAAGUGCUAGCAGAAUGCAGCAAGUAGAGCAACUGCGUAUGAUGAUUGCAGACCUUGUCGAACGUUUGGCCACAUCAAGGCACCAGCUGGAAAUCUUAGAGAAAGAGAAACUUGCCAUGGCAGACUCCUUGGCCACUACUGCGGCCCAGAAGCAUGAGAUUGGCUCCAGAUUGGAGGUGGCUAUGAGCGAGAGCGAUGAGAUCCAGCAACGUUUCUCCAAAUUGGCUCUUAAUCUGGAGGAUGAAAAGUCUACCAGCAUUUCUUUGAGGAAGCGUGUUGAGGUCCAGGACAUUGAAAUUCAACAGCUGGAAGAGAAGGACGAGGCUGCACAAAAGCAGGCUAAGGCUUUGCUUGAAGAAAAGGCUGCAUUGACAACUGAACUGGCUGCAAAGAAUGAAGAGAUAGAAGCGCAGGCGGCAGCGCACGCAGAGAGGCUCUCAGAAGUGAACGCACAAGUGUGCCAACUCGAACAGAAGGCGCUGGAUUUAAAUGGAACCCUGACUGGAUCAAUGUCUGAGAGUGCCCGCUUGGCAAACGCGUUGGAAGGAAAGGCAAUGGAACUGGAGAACAUCCAGGCACACCUGAGCAGAGAAAGAGAGCGUUUGAAGGCCUUUGACCGGCAGUUGUCUGCAACCUCCUCGGCCCUUCAAGAUGCUGUCUUUGACAAAGGCUCGUUGAUCCUUGAAAUGGAAGGAAUGCACAUGGAGCGCGAAGAUCUACUGGUACAACUCUCAAGUGCUCGAGGUGAGGCCGCAAAGUUGGAGGCAGAUCUCCAGGAAUUGACCAAGGAGGCUAAGACGGCCAAAGAAGCGAAGGACUCUGCCGUGCAGGAGAUCUGUGCUUGGCAGGUUACUGCGCAACUUUGCCAACGAUUUGUAGAGCAGAUCUCGCACCAACGUGACACUGCUUUGUCGGAAUGCAGUAAGCUCCAAAAGGCCUCAGAGGACAAGCAGGAGGAAAUCGAUUUCUUGAAGGAGAAGCUGCUUCAUACUACUCAACAGCGCGAAGCAGCAGCUAGUGGCGAGCUGGCCGAACUGAAAGAUCUUGUGACGCAGUCAGAGAUCAGAGUCAAGGCGCUUUCUGCUACCAUUGAGCUGAAAGAGAGCGAAAUGAGGAUGCUCUCACAAGAGCUUCUGCAGAAAGGCAUGGAAGUGGAGGACUAUUUGGGCCAAUCAAUCAGCAUGAAGGAGCGGUUGCAAGAGUUUGAGUUGCAGGUGAAAACGUUGGACAAAGAGCUUGGCUCAUGCAGAUUGGAGAAGGAGUCAGCAGCCAAGCAGCUUGCAUUUACAGAAGAGCUGGCAACAGAGAUGAAAUCGCAAAACAAGGUUGCGACCGAGCAGCUCUCGAAAUGUCGGCAGGAGACAGCCUUAUUGGAUAGAUGUCUGGAAGACAAGCAGCUCCAAAAUGACCUGCUGAUGCAGCAGCUUAGCGGAAAGGAUUCUGCGAUACAGAGUCUUCAAUGUGAACUCACUGCUCUCAAAAUGCAGAUGCGCGAGGAAGAAAGGUGCCAUGCAGAUUCCUUGGAAGUGCUCAAAUCAACUCUGGAAGAGCAGCUGCAAGAAAAUGAGCAACUUCGAGCAGAACUGAACCUCAAACGAUCUGAAUGCGAAGAUACAAAUCUGGAACGACAAUCGCUGUUCGACCGACUUGAAGCACGCACCCUCGAAAGAGAUAAUUGUGGAACUCGACUGGAGGGCAUGCGGAUUCUGGUGAAGAACCUGAAGGAAGAGUUGUGCUCUUGUCAGACGAGAACCUCUUUAGUCUCUGCAGAGCUUGAAACACUUGUAGUCCAGAAUGCGGAUUUGCAACACAAUGUGGAGCAACUUUCCAAGUCAUCGGCUCAACACAAGAAAGAGGCUGACAAAUAUCUAGCAGAGCUUCGGCGCAAGGUGGACAUCACGGAAAAACAGCGGAUCGAGCUCAUGAGAGCACAAAAGGAUCUGAAGGAAAGCAGAGCGGAGGUGAUGAAUCUCACAAGAUCUGUAAGUCUUGAAGUCCGACGCAGAGAAGAAGCAGCAACCCGUUGCGCAGAGUUGCUUUGCUGCCAUCCCUCAAUGACCAUUGAAGCUUGGAUCGGAAAAGUGCGAGCAUCCAAGUCUGGCGCAGAUUGGCAGCUGGUCACUGGUGGUGGAGGACCAGAGCGAGUUGUCCUGCGAUCUGGCCAAGACAUCCAGCCUGGUUUGAUGGCGUGCGAGACUCCUUGCAUCAUCAUCAAUCAUCGUGAGCGAAAAGUCAAGCAAAAAACUGCUCGAGAGAAUGGCCCCAUUGAUGUGAACAUCUACAAUGCAUCAAACCAGGGGGCAAUGGAGCCGAGUCGGAGGCGUGUGUCCUCAAGGCCUAGAGGCCCUGGCGUCUCCGGCGCCAAUGUGUACGACAAAAUCUGCCGAGCUUUCAACCAGAACGCUCUCGUGUAUGACCGCUACUUUGGAGUUGUCCGGCCUUUUCCAGAUGCUGGUUCUUCACCGAGAUCAUCAGCAUCUAGCUCUUGAACGGGCAAUGCUUUGGGUUUGGAUGACGGCAAUGAGUGGAAGAAAUAGUUUCAAUUCAAUUGUUUUCAAAGCCAAGUCAGGCACGGCUGACUUGAUGCUUGUGACCGAGUCGCCGGUUGAUCUUGCUUCGUGACCCCCGUUCCUUGAGCAUGUCAAGGGCAGAAACUUCUUUUGGGUUGUUCUAUUGCCGGUCUUUGAUGUCUGGAUCAGUGGCGAUGGCCUCUUGAAGUAGAAUUUCGGGCGUUUGUCCAGAAGCUUAGCGCUGUUCCACCUGAAGAGCAGGUCGGAGGAAAUGGAGUUUUGCGAUUUAGGCAGCUGCACUGCAGGGCAAGC